AUGGCGUUUGAGGAUGUGAUUUUAGCAUUUAGAAUGAUGAUUGACCAGUCAACAUCACAAUAUGGAUUUGAUAAAUUUAAAAUCAUUGAAAACAAUACGUGGUUUUGUUUAGGACAACUACCGGACGAUAUAUCGGUAAAGGUGGGCGAGAGUGUUUCGAUAAGAGCAGUAGUAGACAACGCAACCACUGUCAGUUGGAUUAAAGGAGCAGAACGAGUCAUGAGUUCUUCUACAUCUCAUACGGAAGAGUUCGAUAUUAACAAUGGAUUAGCUACAUUAAGAAUUACAAAUGCAAGACUCCAAGAUGAUGGUGAUUACACAUGUGCUGCAGGAAUAUAUGGGAGCUCAAAGCGAGAAUUCCAUCAUAAAAUUCGAUUACACGUUUUGCCUGUUAAACCCGAAUUCAUAAAAGAACUGGUAGACACAUUCGUUAACAAAGAUGAUCACUUACUGUUGGAAGCUAAAGUUAACCAAGCAGAAUCGAUAACAUGGCAACACAAUGGCAAAGAUCUUACUCCUUUAGAAGGAAAAAGAAAGAUAUUGUUUAUGAAUGGAAAAGCUACAUUGAAAAUUUGCAAUGCUACUUUAAAGGAUGCAGGAGAAUACAUUUGCAAGGCAAGGUCAAAGGGAGCAACACAAAAUGAAGUUGAAACAACGAGCAUUUGUCAUGUUACUGUUUAUGCUCUUUGCCCAUCAUUUGCAAAUGUACCAGGAGACCAAAAAUUUCGGAAUGGGACAACGUUUGAAAUCGGAGUAAGAGUAAUAAGUUAUCUGAAACCCACAUUCGUCACCUGGUACAAGGAAGGAUAUACUAUCAAUAAAAGUGAAAGAAUAAAUAUGCUGUACUCAAAUGGUGUUGCCAAACUAAAGGUGUACGACUCUUGUUCCGAUGAUUCUGGUCUCUACAAGUGCGUUGCUAAAAAUAAACAUAGCAGCAGCGCUUGUUGCAUAUUAGUCAAAAUCGAGAGUGACAAGAUUGAGAAGCAAGAAAACGUUGCAGAAUGUCCAGUGUGUAUGGAUAACCCACCAAAUAAGUAUCUGCCAUGUGGUCAUGUCAUUUGUGCCAAAUGUAUGCAAAGGAUAGGAGGAGUUUGUCCUAUCGAUCGAGCGCCAUUCAAUAUAAAUGCAGCUACUGAUCUCUAUCUAACCUGA